AUGGGUUAUUUUAAAGUGAAGGUCUACUAUGGAGGAUGGUUUACUUAUAAGAACGGGCCAUUACAAUAUGUGGGAGGAGAAACAACUGUGAUAGAAGAGAUUGAUGGUGAUCGGUGCUCUGUAUUUGAAGCCUAUGUGGAGCUAAAGCAAUUCGGUUACGUGGAGGAGAAUAUCCCAUCGUUAUGGUUCAAGGAUCCAACAUAUGAAGACAUGGAGAAAAAUCUGAAAUUGUUUAAAAGUGAUGCGGAUUUCAUUGCCAUGUGUAGAAUAGCAGAGUUGAGAGACUAUGUAGAGUUGUAUGUUGUCCACAAGGUUGAGGAGGAAGAGGUGUUUCCUGAUGCUGGCUACAUUGAUAUUGGGGAGAAAGAUAGGAUGGGUGACAUUAGUGAGAGGCAAGAGCUGGUUCUGGCAGAGGACGACAAUGGAGUUGAGUAUGGUAAUUCUAGUGACAGUGACAGUCUCGAUUCAGAGUAUAAACCAUCUGGAAAAGAGGACGAUAGUGAAGAUGAUCUGCACUUUACUGAUAGUGAUGAUGACCUUGAUCAUGAUGUAAGUGGGUUUCAAGAUGUGAAUGUCAUGAGUAAAAAAUGCAGGGAUGUGAAAAAGAAUGCUGUAGCAAAUGAGGACUUUGAAGAUGAAGAGGGAGAAAACAGUGAUGACUUAGAUUUAGAACACGAGGUUGGGACUGAGGGGUCUGAUUCAGAGCAUCAGGGAGUGAGGGCAAUCAGGUUUAGGAAGUGUGAUUUGAAGAGAGUUAGGGCUGUUUGUUCGGGUGAUUGUCCUUUUUGGGUGUAUGCUGCAAAAAUCGGAGAUGAGGAAACUUGGCAGCUACGCAGCAUGAACUUGACUCACACAUAUACACAAGCACACAGGGUGGGGAUAUUACACUCGAAAUGGCUCAGCAAGGCGUUUAAGAAGAAAGUUGAAGCAAAUCCCAAAGUGAAGAUAAGGGAGUUGAUUUCAAAGGCACAAAAAGAGUGGAACUUGACUGUCACUAAGUCAUUGGCAAGUAAGACCAAGCAGAUUAUACUGGAUGAAAUUCAGGGAACCUUACGAGAGCAGUAUAAAAGAAUUUAUGACUAUGGACAGGAGAUCAUGAGGGUAAAUCCAGGAUCCUUUAUUCACAUACAAGUGCAGAGGUCCCCAGAUCUUGAUAAUGAAGCACCAGCAUCAUCCAUGACCAAUUACUGCAUCUUUCAGAGGAUCUAUGUGUGCUUGGAAGCAUGCAAACAGAGCUUCCAGCAUUGCAGGUCCUUCAUUGGUCUAGAUGGUUGCUUUUUGAAGACACCCCAGGGAGGACAAUUGUUCACUGCAAUUGGUUGGGAUCCGAAUGAUCAAAUACUGCCCAUUGCAUAUGCGGUUGUAGAGGCCGAGACGAAAGACUCAUGGACUUGGUUUCUAAGUCAUCUUGCAUUUGAUGUUGGGCUUGAGAAGAUGGAAAGAUCUACCUUCAUGUCUGACCAACAGAAGGGUUUGUUGCCAGCAUAUGAUGAGGUUAUACCAGGAGUGGAUAAUCGGUUCGGUGUGAGACACUUGUACAACAACUUUAGGAAAAGGUUUUCAGGGUUACAAUUGAAGAAACUGAUGUAG